AUGUCUUUAGCUCGGACCCCACCACCCAAGACCAACAACUUGCCGAUCCCCCAGGAGAUUGCUCCCCCAGCGCCAAAGUAUGGGGUGCCUUACUCCAAGGAGAAGGUGGCUGGGUUGGGCCCAGAAGAAUGUCAGUGGCUCUUUAAGCGCCAACAUCCGAUCAAGGUGCCCGACGAUGAGCUAAUUGAUUACGAGAACCCUGUAGGUGCCUCUUCAGUAGAUGAUAAGGAGAUUCAGUCGAAGCUUACUGGUCCCUUCUCCCAGAUGAAUGUCGAUGUCAAAGGCAACCAUCCGACUGAAGACGUGAAGCCGUCAGUCAAACCUUUGACCCCUGCGCCCCCUCAACUCCACUCCAAGGUCAACGUGGGCAAAAUCCUGAAGGCCUGGCCAAACAAGGACUGCCCCAAGUUCAAGGGCACCCCGGGUGAAGAUGCCCGGGAUUGGUUGGUCACCAUGGAGGUACUCCUUGAAGACCGCCAGGCUCACAUUGGUGUCUGGAAUGUUGCCACUAGUAGAUGCCUCAGUGGAAAAGCCUUCCGCAACUACAAGGAUGCAGUCCUUGAUAAUUCCAAACCCAAGAGCUUUACAGACCAGUCAAUCUCCGACCAGCUCAACCGCCUUUUCCAAAGCCAGAACGAGACGUGUCAGGAGUUCUACGAACGGUUCAGAGACUGGCAAACCAAGGCAAAGACCUAUGGUUACCAGUACGACGAGAAGACGACGUUCGUCAAGAAGCUGAUCCGGGGCCAAGCCAUGGAGCACGACCACAAGCAUCGCGAAUUGCACCCUGUUGCCUCCACCUCUGGUGGCGGAUCCGGAAAGCGCCAAUCAGAUGGCGACUACGGUUGGGACCGGAAGAAGAAGUCCUCUUGCCUUGCUUGCUACAAUUGCAAGAAGGAGGGGCAUGUUCUCGCCAAGUUCCCAGAGCCAAAGACGGAUUGUCAAAAGGCUUGGGAGGCAAAGCACGCUGAAGAAAAAGCAAUAAAGAAAAAAAAGCGUAGUCAAUGGUGA